AUGGUGCUGAGCUGGCUUUCGCUCUCGCUCGUUGCGCCAUACACGGAGAACGACUGCUUCUGGCCCGACUAUAACGCGAACAAUGCGUCUCACUUGCUGACGCAUAGCUUCAACAUGGAGCUGGCGUUUGCUUCGCAGACGGCGAGCGGCUGGACCACCGGCGUUUUUCGCACCGGGGCAGGCAUCUCGCCCGCGCAAGCAGCUCUGCGACAAGCGCGCUGCUAA